AUGGCGAUAGUGGAAGAUGAAGGAGAGGAGGAGGAGGAGACUGAACAAGAUCUGAUUAACACCAGAGAAAGACCAGACUCAAAGGAACCAGAGCCAGAGACGUCCAAACCAGCAAUUCGACACCACUGCUCCGACUGCGGGAAGAGUUUUACCCAAUUAGGGAAACUAAAAAUACAUGCGAGAAUACACAUAGGAAAGAAGCCUCAUCACUGCUCUCACUGUGGAAAGACUUUUACCGAGUUAGGGAGCCUGAAAAUACAUAAGAGAAUACACACAGGAGAGAAGCCUUACCACUGCUCCAUGUGUGGAAAGAGUUUUGCCCAGUCAGGGAGCCUAAAAAUACAUGCGCGAAUACACACAGGAGAGAAGCCUUACCACUGCUCCGUGUGUGGAAAGACUUUUAUUGAGUUAAGCAACAUGAAAAGGCAUGAAAGGACACACAAUGCUGAGAAGCCUCAUCACUGCUCUCACUGCGGAAAGACUUUUACCAAGUUAGGGAGUCUGAAAAUACAUAAGAGAAUACACACAGGAGAGAAGCCUUACCACUGCUCCAUGUGUGGAAAGAGUUUUACACAGAUAAGCUACCUGAAAAAACACGAGCGUACACACACAGGAGAUACACCUUUCCACUGCUCCCUGUGUGGAAAGAGCUUUACACAGUCAGGGAGUAUAAAAAUGCAUAACAGAAUACACACAGGUGAGAAGCCUCAUCAAUGCUCUCAGUGCGGAAAGAGUUUUACCAAGUUAGGGAACCUGAAAAGGCAUGAGAGAAUACACACAGGGGAGAAGCUUUACCAAUGCUCCCUGUGUGGAAAGAGUUUUACCUCAUUAAGGCAAUUGAAAAAGCAUGAAAGAAUCCACACCAUAGAGAAACUUUAGCAAUGCUCCUAGUGUGAAAUAAUAUUUAUUUACUCAGUUUGGUCACCUAAAAGACCAUGAGGUAAUACAUACAGUGAAGAUACCUUACCACUGUUCCAGUGUGGAAAGGAAUAUAUCACAUGAAAUUAUACUUAAAGUUCAUGAGACAACACAAAUACUUCUACCACACGUCUCAUAUUUCUUACUGCAAAAUUGUGCUUUUGUUUAUGCCACAUAAAAUCAAGUUGUAUAAAAUGGACCAAAAAAAUACAUCCAUGUUUUUUAUUUCAAAACAAUAACUGAAUAUGAAGUAGGCUGUCAGCUUGAAUUUAUCCGAGUAAAGAACAUCACGCUGCUUGCUUAGCGAGUACUACUUUCCCCUGAUUAGCCACAUACCUGGCUCGAACUCAGGACCUCUGCAUUACAAACACACGUGACCGUCCUCGCUCAAUCGUCUCUACCCGUCGCGCCACUCAAAAGCUAGCAAUUGAGCGGUGCAAACAUGGACACUUAUGACUGAGGAGUGAGUUUCACACAUCUCGAUGUGCUACAUUCACUCCUCAAACUUACAACAGCGACCCCCAGCAUUGAGCUGAGGGCAACUGUAGAUCCGAGUCACUAGGCAUCACUGUAAAGGACUUCACUUUGCUUACUCACGCUUUGAACACACCGACUGUGUCAUUGCGUUUUGGUACACCAGAAGUACAUUCAUUUCCAAUGGAACGCUGCGUUUGCCUUGCAGCAUUGUGUUGGAGAGGCAGUUGCAGUGCGUUCUGUGUGGUGCGUAUGUUGGAUUUAUCGGAAGUAUGCGUCCAACUGAAUGCGUAAACGGGUUGACAGAAAUGGUAGCAGAAGGUGAAUGUUGAACUUUUGUUGCACACAUAUCUAGAUGAUGCUGCAUACUGUUUUGCGCAAAAAUACACAGUCGGUGUGUUUAAAGCCUUAAGGUUGCUACAAGCUUCACGAAGACUAAAGAUUCGGAGCGUAGCGCAGUGUUGCAGUGUCGUUUGUUCUUCACAAAAGAGGCAGUUUCUUGUAAUAUGUUCCCGGCAUUCGAGGUACUUCCUGAAAAUUGAGACGUGCCACAUCGUUAAUUCCUUGCCCUUUCUCUGUGAUAUGAUGACAUUCUAUUUUUAAAGCUACAAUAUGUAACUUUUUGGGCGACCUGACCAAAUUCACACCGAAAUGUGAAUUAUAGCUCUUUCAUUCCAGUUGAAAGCAAGUCUUAAGAAGCUGUAGAUUGUUCUAUGUGUGCAAUUUCUAUGCUUCCCGUUUUGCAGUUUCAUUUUUGCAUCUUUUACUUUUGGUUUUGUACACCAGC